CUUGGCUACCUGUGCUUGGAACAAUCUUUUUCGGCAAUUAUAGAACCAUGUGACUGCCUCAGUCGGCAAAACCUCCCGCUUCCAAUCUUUAGUCUCUCAACCUCAUUUGAGACCUGCAUCUGAUAAUUGUUCCUGAAGCCAGCUCAAAGACAUACAUCCAAAGCAUAUGCGCUUUGGACAUGGAGGCUCCUCAUCUUUUAGCUCUGGUCCAUCGACUCGAUGCGCAGAGCAAAGAAGCAACCCCAGACCUUCACCGGUAUUACGACGAUCUACAGGUUGUCGUACAAGCUAUUGAGCUCACAGAUAACAAUCUCAAACUGCUGAACUACCAUAUCCUGAAACUAAGUCACUCAAGUCCCGAACUCUCUUCGAGAGUUCUCCAGGAACUGCUUCUACGUCUCGUGCCGCUGCAGGUCCAAACAUUGCUAGAACAAGCUUUCAUUGCGCUCGUUUGGAUCUUGACUAACUCGUCACCUGCGCUUGAGACCGGCUCGGAGAUUCUAUUCGAUACUACUGUUAAACUGGGCCAGAGAUGGCAGGGAAGAUUGAGUCAGGAGGCUACUCAUGCUGCACUGAUUCUUAUCUGGAGAAAGGUCGAUUCCCUGGUAUCUCAAAAUAGUAUCUCGGAGGCCGAAAAAUGGUGCCAUCAUGUUGUGGAUCAUCCCAUCUUUCAAAGCUGCACAGCGGGCAACAAAGGCAAAUUUGAGAGGAAACAGUUGUCUUGCGCCGUACAGCUCUCGGAUAUCUCUACGGCGAGACGAAUACUAAGCCAGAUAUCUGAUGAAUGCAAAUCCCAUCCACUGACAGUCCAUUUGAUCUACAAACUGGCCUUGCUAGACAAUGACAUGAGUCGAGAGCAUACCUGCCUUGAAUCUUUAAAAGAGCACGGCGCCGCCGGGGUUCCAUACUUGCUUUCUUGCGCAGUGGCAGCUUAUCAGUCGAACAGAAUGAAAGCCUCCAUUGAUAUAAUUGAAGAUAUUGUUACAGAGUUCAGUGAUGAAAGCAUUAGAGAAAUAGUUCGAUUUUCAAUCCAAAGCCUCACCCACCAACUCGAAGAUGUCAAUAGUACAAAUAGCGCAGAGCUUGUGGAACAAACCUGCCGUAUAUUAGACAUUGUACUUGAACGUGCUAAAGGCUUGUCUGAUGUGGGUGAUAAUAUAUUAUUUUCACUCGAAGAUCUUCAGGGAAUUGCACACGACAGCUACUACCUGGCCAUCCGCUUGUUGUUGUCCAAAGCCUUUAAAUCUUCAAUACAGCUCAUCAAGAAAUCUACCAAGUUCGCAAAGCUGUAUGAACAGAGUAUCCGGUCCUCGGACAGCGCAGUACCGUCACAAAUCUACCUGGCUCGUGAUUUUGUGCAUGCAGUAGCUUUGGUGUCUCAAGUAUGCUUGGAGGAUGCAUAUUCCCAGGAACGAUACAACCAUGAGAUCCGAGUCUGCGUGCAACGGUUCCGAAAUGGCAUCCACAGCCAUCUCCAAACCUGCGACGAAGGGACGCAUCAAGACUGGAUUCGAAAGUACAGAGCCAUGAUCUUAUUUGACUUCGAGGCCGCCUCCCGUCUCGGACAGUGGGAUACUCUCGUCUUCCUGAUCGACGAGGCCAAGCCCCUCGUGGACGAUAACCUGAGCCAGAUAUUCGUAGACGUGAUCCUGUCUCCUGCCGUGCCAGUCAAGGAAGCAUUGAGGGGGAUGAGGUCCAUUGUCCAAUCCAUCCAUCCUCGGCAGUCACCCUACCUCACUUCCUCACUACAAGCGUGCCUUCCCCGACAUCUCCGCUGUCUAUUUCAACUAGCCAUGAUCCCUUCACAGGAUGCUUCACAGGGAGAUAGACGAGAAGACGAAUCCGCAGACAAAACAGGAAUACACGAUUCACUAGCGGAGUAUGCCAUUGACCAAGCCCUCUCUCUCGCGGAUCGCAAUCAACCGCAACCCCUCGUCGACUUUUAUUACCCCGACGAAGAGCUCGAGUGGAUGGCAGCCAUGGCAUUCAACCAUGCCGUGGACCUGUAUAUUGCGGCAGCAGACGAGGAUUGGAAACGCUGGGUGCAGAAAGCCAUCUCGCUGGCCGAUUUGAGUAGACGCCCCGGAACCUCUCUGGGACGGUUGCUACGUAAUAGAAUGACCAAAUUGAUCUAGAUGGGGUGAUCGACUAGUGUGACGGAAAUGGAAAAGAUUUCUUCGAAUGCAUUAGACCGAAAUGUUUUUUUAAAAAAAGGCGUCCGGCUGUGGUUAUACAACGAACGCCUAUGGUGUUAAUGUGGGUAUCACUUUCGAAUAUUAAAACAAAACAGGAAAAUAAACGAAGAGAAAGGAAGCGAGAGCGAGAGAGAAAGAGAAAGUCUCUUGAAAAGGAAAAAAAGAUUAAAAGAAAGAAGCGCGCUUAUAUGGAGACAAAGACAAAUCAAGAAUCAAACUCCUUGUCCGGAUGCAUGACGAACUGCCCCCCUCGUCAUUGGAGUAAAAAACAAACUCAAGACCCAGUAACAGAUGCAGAAAAGAAAAGGAAAAAGAAAAAGAUCACCUGUAAAGUAUCACCAUGGUAGAAACU